UAUAUUUUCAAAAUUUUAUACAGAUAUAAUACAUAAUGACAUCAAAUGAAGAAUUUCCUAUAGGAAGACUAGAAGGUGCUCCAAGCGACGAUAUUGGAUGGCAUUUUGGAGUACCUAUAGCAGGAAAUCGCAACAAUGUCCAAUGUAAACUUUGUCAAAAGAUAAUAAGGGGUGGCAUUACAAGAUUGAAGCAACACAUAGCACAUGAUAAAGGUCAAGUAGCAGGUUGUCCAAGAGUCACGUCAUUUGUUAGGGAGAAUAUGAUGAAACUUCUCAAAGAUAGAAAAGAAAAGAAAAUUGACUUUAGAAAAAGAAAAGAAGAAUUUGAAUCUCGAUUAAGAGAAGAUGAUGAAGAAGAUAGUGACGAGGAGAUGAUGAUAGCUUCGCAACAAAGCAUUAGAUCACAACGUGAGUGGGAAGAUAGACAACGAUUCAGACAACAAACAGAGGGAUCUAAUAACAUCUAUGAAUCAGGUGGAAGCUCUCGCAUGAGUGUUAGUCAAACUUCAAGAAAAGAAGAUGCUACUUUUGCUUUAAGAUCUACAAAUGUGGAUCUUGUGAGAAGUAAAAGUAUGAAACAACCAAAAAUAGGUGGGGGUCUUAUGAAAACAUUAAAGAAAAAGCUCGGAGAAGCGGUAAGCAAGUUUAUAAUUUAUGAACGCUUACCUAUGAAUUUAUCAAAUUCUCCAUGGUUGCAUAAUUUGAUUAUUGCAGCAGCUGAGGUAGGUCCAUCAGUUAAAUGCCCUACACCUUAUGAAGUUUCUGAUGUGUAUUUAGAAGCUGAAUAUAAAAGCAUGCAAGAAUGGAUAAGCAAGUUGAAAACUACAUGGAAGGAAAAAGGAGUAACAAUAAUGUGUGAUGGUUGGACAGAUAGUGUAAAUCAUACACAUAUUAUGAAUUUUCUAGUGUAUUGUAGCAAGGGAACGAUUUUCUUGAAAUCUAUUGAUGCUUCUAAUGUUGACAGUAGAAAUACUGAUUACUACUUUCAGUUAUUGGAUAAGGUUGUGGAUGAAGUGGGAGAAGAAUUUGUAAUUCAAGUUGUUACAGAUAAUGAAAAAGCACUUAAAGCAGCUGGUCAAAAGUUGAUGGAAAAGAGACAACAUUUAUAUUGGACUGCAUGUGCAGCACAUUGUUUGGAUCUUUGUUUGGAGGAUAUAGGGAAAAAAAAGAAUGUGCAAAAGUUAUUAAGUGAUGCAAAAGUAGUAACAACUUUUAUCUACAAUCACACAUGGAUUGUAAAUCUCAUGAAAAAAUACACUGGAGGUAGAGAAAUUGUUCGUCCUGGUGUUACCCGAUUUGCAACACAAUUCUUACAACUUCAAGCAAUUGUGCAACAAAAGCAAGGCUUGAGGAACAUGUUCAACUCAGAAGAAUUUAGACGAUCUAAAUUUGGAAGAGACAAAAAUGGAUUGGCAUUUGAAGCAAGACAAAUUGUUAUUGGCAAUGAUUUUUGGAGCAAGGCUAAUGAUAUAUUGAAGGUAUUUGAGCCUUUAGUAAAAGUUUUGAGGCUAGUUGAUGGUGAUGAGAAACCAACAAUGGGUUUUAUAUAUGAGGCAAUUGAUCGAGCAAAACAAUCAAUUCAAAAAAGUUCUCGUUAUUAUUCUCAAUACCAAGAAAUAAUUGACAAGCGUUGGAGAUUCAUGCAUUCUGAUCUUCAUUCUGCUGGGUAUUUUCUUAAUCCACAAUUUCAAUAUGGAGUUGAACAUGGAUCUGAUGUGUAUCGAGAGACAUUUGAAGGAACCAAAAAGGUCAUUAUGAAAUUGGAGAGAAACAUGGAUGAUCAAAUUAAAGCUUUAAACUCGUUGGUAUUGUUUAAAGACAUGGGUGAAACAUUUGCUACACCUCAAGCUCAAAGAGCUUGGUCUAGAAUGAAUCCAGCUGAAUGGUGGUUGAUGUUUGGUUCAUGCUCUCCUGAACUUCAACGUGUGGCUAUUAAAGUUUUAAGUCAAACAACUUCAGCCACAAAUUGUGAAAGAAACUGGAGUACGUUUAGCUAUAUUCAUACAAAGACAAGGAAUAGGCUUAAGUACAAAAAGUUGCAAAAACUUGUCUUUACACAUUACAACAUGAAAUUGAAAAUGAGGCAUCAAAUGAGAAAAAGUCAAGAAGAAAUUGAAUCAAGUUUCAAUCCAAUUAAUCUUGAUUAUAUAUUUCGAGAAGAUGAUCCAUUAUCUGCAUGGAUAGAAGAAAGAGAAAAUCCACUUUUAGAUGGAGUUCAAAAUUCAGAGUGGUUGCCUCGAAUUGAUACAGAUGAUGAAGAUCCCACCAAGUAA